AUGUCGAACUACAUUGGAAAAACGGUCGACUUCUUUCUUGAUACAGAGAAUAAGCAUAGCGGUAAAACGAGAUACUACGAAAACAUUUCAUCUCUGACGCUGAUAGAUCUAGAUUUUGAUAUUGGCGAAAGAAACGAGUGUAGUGUGUCUUUUUCGGAUGCUGACUGUGAACAGACUUCGACGUGCGAAUCUUUUACCAAUGAUGCCAGCAUCCCGUUGUCACCGUACAACUUCCCUAUCAAGAAAAAUGGUUUGAGGAACUUGGGAAUACAUAUACAAGAACUCUUCGUUUUGUUGCAAUUCUCAAAGAGGGUUUCACUUCCUCCUUUAGAAAUUUCAGAAUUGUCAAGAGCCCCUGGUUUCUUGAUAAGUCAUCAGCAUGACAGCUCUGAGUUUUUGGGCUUCUUACUCAACAAACUACAAGAUCAAGAGAAUACCUUCAACUUUUCUUGUAAUUUCUCUGAAGAUAAAGGAGAAGCUGUCCCAACGCUAGUGCAAACUUUUUUCAGCAGCAAGAUUUUGACUGUUUCACGAUGUUUGGUUUGUGGAACAGAGAACGAUCGUGUCGAUCUAUAUAGGGAGCUGCAACUGCCCUUCCCCAACACCAACUACUCUGAGAACCAGAACGUGCAGUCGCUGCUGGACUACUACUUUGAGCCGGAGAAAUUGACAGAAGAUAACCAAUGCUACUGCGAGAUAUGCAAUCGAUUGACCGUCAGAGAACACAUAACCAAGAUCAUGGAGGCGCCGCCACGAUUGAUUUCAACUCUGAAGCUCUUCCGGUACGAUCCUUCCUCGCACCAGAGUAUCAAGAUGCAACAUUCCGUAUGUCUUGACGAGCAUCUUAUUAUCGACAGCUGA